CCAGACGAAUAGUGGCUGUGGGAGGAACAAGUCCCACACCCCAAGCCUAGAGAUGAAGGGAGCAAGGAGAGGGGAAAGUGGGGGUUUCCCCCAAUUACCGAGCAUGAAGAGGAAAUCAGAUGGUGGCAACAUAUGUGCAUUGCAUUUCUCUGCGAAAUUUGCAACUUAGCUAAUUGAAUUCCUGACGCUGAACUGGUCCUUGACUGAGAUCAUUUCAAUGGGCAGGGUUGGUUUCUUUUUUUUUUGCCUCCUUACAGGAGUUCCCUCCCCUCCUUCUUCCCAUCCUCCGCCUAUUAAAACAACUCAAGUCUCACUUGUUAAAAGACCCCAUAACGUGGAGGAGGCAGAAAAGCAGCAGCAGCAGGAAAGAAAAAGACGUCUGGAAAAUAUUACCCGUUUGCUGCUGCUGCUGCUGCUGAGAAACCUCAUUGAAACAGUUACUCGGUCAGCAAGGCAUCACCAAAGAGACUUUAUCUUAUACUAUACAUCUCUCAAACUUUCAGACGCUGCCUUGCAACUUCUCCAGGCUCCUGGCUAGCCGGAUUUGAAAUAAGAUCUUCAGCUUCGACCACGAGAAACUAACUCCUAAUUUAUUACUUUUAACUUUUUUAUUGAUAUUAUUAUUAUUUGAAAAAGAAAAGAAAAAUCCCACACCUUUGAGCUAGAAACUGAAGCAGAGAAAGACAAAUACAUAUUAAUUGUGAAAACACGUGGGAGAAAAUGAGUAGGACUGAAUAGCCUGAAACUAUUUUUUUUUUUAAUCUUCAUUUUUAAUUAUUUUUUAUUUCUGAGCGUCUCAAUAAGUCCAUUAAAAGUGCGAUUUGAUCUUUUACCUCAAACUUGGAAACUGUUCAGCGGGAGCAACGGUACGUGAGACCACACAGCUGGCUGGAGCCCCUCUAUGACCAAAGGACAGAAGGACAAGCAAGAUGCAUUGUGAGAGGUUUAUAUGUAUCCUGAGAAUACUUGGAACCACGCUCUUCGGGGUGUCCCUCCUGCUGGGAAUCACCGCUGCUUACAUUGUGGGCUACCAGUUUAUCCAAACAGACAACUACUACUUCUCCUUUGGACUUUAUGGUGCUAUCCUGGCAUCACAUCUCAUCAUCCAAAGCCUGUUUGCCUACCUAGAGCACAGGAAAAUGAAGCGGUCGCUAGAAACUCCAAUCAAGCUGAACAAAACAGUUGCCCUUUGUAUUGCUGCCUAUCAAGAGGAUCCUGACUACUUAAGAAAAUGUUUACUUUCUGUGAAAAGAUUGACCUACCCUGGAAUUAAAGUUGUUAUGGUCAUUGAUGGGAACUCAGAAGAUGACGUUUACAUGAUGGACAUUUUUACUGAAAUCAUGGGUAGGGACAAAUCUGCCACUUAUAUCUGGAGUAAUAACUUCCACGACAAAGGUCCGGGUGAGACAGACGAGUCUCACAGAGAGAGCAUGCAACAUGUAUCUCAGCUGGUCCUGUCCAACAAAAGUGUUUGCAUCAUGCAGAAAUGGGGUGGAAAAAGAGAAGUAAUGUACACAGCAUUCAAAGCACUGGGGAGAAGCGUGGAUUAUGUACAGGUCUGUGAUUCAGAUACCAUGCUUGAUCCAGCCUCAUCAGUGGAGAUGGUAAAGGUUUUAGAAGAAGAUCCAAUGGUUGGAGGAGUUGGAGGUGAUGUGCAGAUUUUGAACAAAUAUGAUUCCUGGAUAUCCUUUCUGAGCAGCGUGAGAUACUGGAUGGCAUUUAACAUAGAAAGAGCCUGUCAGUCCUAUUUCGGCUGUGUACAGUGCAUCAGCGGACCUCUGGGAAUGUACAGAAACUCUUUACUCCAUGAAUUCGUGGAAGAUUGGUACAAUCAAGAAUUUAUGGGCUCCCAGUGCAGCUUUGGAGAUGACAGACAUCUAACUAACAGAGUGCUAAGUCUGGGCUAUGCAACAAAAUACACAGCUAGAUCCAAGUGCCUUACCGAAACACCGAUAGAGUAUCUCAGGUGGCUGAAUCAGCAGACCCGCUGGAGUAAAUCGUACUUUAGAGAGUGGCUUUAUAAUGCAAUGUGGUUCCACAAGCAUCAUUUGUGGAUGACCUAUGAAGCUGUAAUCACUGGAUUCUUUCCUUUCUUCCUUAUCGCCACUGUCAUUCAGCUCUUCUACAGGGGAAAAAUCUGGAACAUCCUCCUCUUCUUGCUGACAGUUCAGUUAGUGGGCCUGAUAAAGUCUUCCUUUGCCAGCUUCCUUAGGGGCAACGUUGUCAUGGUUUUCAUGUCACUCUACUCAGUGUUGUACAUGUCAAGUUUACUGCCAGCAAAGAUGUUUGCAAUUGCCACGAUAAACAAAGCAGGGUGGGGCACGUCAGGAAGAAAAACCAUUGUAGUUAAUUUUAUAGGACUCAUUCCAGUCUCCAUUUGGUUUACAAUCCUCCUAGGUGGCGUAAUUUUCACUAUCUACAAGGAAUCAAAAAAGCCAUUUUCAGAGUCAACACAGACAGUUCUCAUCAUUGGCACAAUACUCUAUGCAUGUUACUGGGUUAUGCUUUUGACUUUGUACUUUGCUCUUAUCAACAAAUGUGGCAGGCGGAAGAAAGAGCCACACUUUGACAUGGUGCUAGAUGUAUGAUGUUUCCGUGGGAAGUUACCCAGAGAGUUGUAAAGCAACCCAACGACCUUGUAGUAUCUGUGGCAUCAGACGAAUGUUGCCAAGGGAAAUGGAUCAUUGCUGCUGGGAAUAGGACCUUUAUAUUCCUCUGGGUUCAUUUUCAUCCUGCCAAAGUAAGAAAAAAAAACAAUAAAAAAUGAUUUUUUUAAAUUUUAUUUUAUUUUUUUGUAUUGCCAAGGGGGGGCAAACACAAACCACACAGUUUCGACCUGUUCGCAAGAAAAUGGGAGAACUUCUAUGUUUAUGCACUUUUUUAUUGUGCAUAUGCCUGACAGUGUUACGUUCUAUAUACCUCACUGGUCAUGCUUAUGUGUGUGGACAGGAAUGAAAGGAGUUUGGAGAAUCGAGAAAAGGAUCUUACAACCCCUUGCAACCUAAUUUAUGAACUUCUCUUUUUUAUAGUUCUGUUUAUAGGAAGGGUCUUUUUUGUUAGGCUGCCAAAUGUAAUGCCAAAGGUAAAUUUUAAGAGGCCAUUGGCUGAGCUGUAUUUUUAUAUUAUUGUAUUAUUUGUGUGUGUGUAUUUUUAAACCAACUUUUUUGUUAAAUCACAUAUUUUAUAUUUUACUAUCUGCCAAAAAAAGCUGCCUCCUGAACAUUUUGUUCUUUAGUCUUUUAAACACAUUUGGAAAAAAAAUCCUACUUCCUCCCCCAAAAAUUGUACUGAAUUGAUAUUGUUCACACCAGAAAGAAUAAAAAAACCUCUCUGCAUUUUUGAAACUGAUGGAUGGUUAUUUCUGCAAAAAAAAAUGUUUAAAUGUGCUCUUUGAAGACAUUAAUUAGGAAAGGCCCAACAUUUUCGGUUUUUGAAUACAAGCAUAUUGUGCAUAAAAAAGGCCAAAGGGGUAGACAUGUGCAAUUUGGGGUUUUGUUUUGGAUAACAUUGUAAAAGGGAAAUUUGCUUCUCUGCUGACAGCAUAAUAUCCCUGGCAUGCGCAAUAGCCAUAAGGCAAGGCAGGCCUCGAUGCCAUUGGAAAAGACAUUGCUAUAGGAAAGCUCCCACUGACUUUUCAUGGGACCUGAGGAGUCAAAAACUUCUGAUCUGGAGAAAUAUUGGACACCUAAAACUACUGCUGACUUCACUGAUGGUCAUAGGUGUUCAUAAUCUGCUAGUAUCAAGCAGACAGUUCAGAUUUUUGAGUUUGAAAAACAUACAUGGAAGGAAAGCUUAUCAACACUUUCAAACAGUGGGUGUGUUACUAUAAAACUUCGGCAGUGCCUUUCACAGAGCAUAAAGAAAAUGCAAACAUCAGCUCUUCAGUCCAGUGUAAUACAGACCCCAGUACUGAGCCCAAUAAUUUGUGUUUGACUGAAGCAUAUCUACCAGAAAAUAAGCCAAUUUUUUAUCAGAAACAUCAAAUCUUAGCAAAUCCAUCACUUCCUUGGUGCCUAAUAAUCAGUCCUGGACAUUUAUUUUGGACCAUGAUUUUGAGAAAUAAUAUUCAGGACUAAAUUCUGCAAUCUUUCACCAGCCAAAGGAAUGUGGCAUUGAGCCCCAUUAUACUUUAUAAAGAGCAACAGAAAGCCAGCUGCAUACAGACACAUGCCCUUUUUAGAUUCUGGUUUUAAAAGCACUGUGGUAAAGCAGAAAUCAGCAUAUGAUGCUUAAAGAACUUAGAAGCAUUUUCAGCUUCUCUUUUUUAAUGCAGACAUGAAUAGAUUCUGCUGUAGAAUGAACUGCACACACACUACCUUAUUUGUCUGAUUAUCUUGAGGUACAUGAUUGCUUGAAAGUCAUACUAAUAUGUUAAUGAUUGGAGAGUUGAUUCAUGUUGAUUACAAAAUAGAACAGUAUUAAAAUUUUAAAAAAGCAAAAGAAACAAUAAAAAAAACUUGACUAUGCCUUUUAACUAUUUAUGAUGUAAGUUAAAGCUUGGGUUAACAUUCAAAUGUCAAAUAAAUCCUCUCAUUCUAUAAAAAGAUUGAAUUAAUUGCCUGUAUUUAUUCUAGCAAUUAUUCAAUGUACUUCCAAUAUAGGUUGUAUAGUAUAAUUGUUACUUUCAUAAAUAAAAUAUUUUUGAUAAGAUUAUGACUAA